CGGGACAACAUGGCAGAAGAAGCUCCAGCUCCAGCCGCCGCCGCUCCGGCCAAAGCAGCCAAGAAGAAGGUUUCCAAACCGAGGAAGGCCGGUCCCAGCGUCAACGAGCUGCUCGUUAAAGCUGUGGCCGCAUCCAAGGAGCGGGGCGGCGUGUCUUUGGCCGCCCUCAAGAAGGCUUUAGCUGCCGGAGGAUACGAUGUGGAAAAGAACAAAGUCCGCGUCAAGACCGCCAUCAAGUCUCUGGUGGCGAAGG